GACAGGCAUUCCUGCGUGAAGAGAGCUGGCGUGAAGACAUAUUUGUAAGAACCACGAGUGCCUAGUCCGGGAUACAGGGCAACAGAAGCUCCAGCAGAUUAACUGACCUCGUGCCAUUUCCCGAUGCUUGGCAGUGACAUUGAGAGAGGAGUACAUGUCCCCUCCUUAUAUGGAUUUAUCGUUUAAAAAAGUUUGCUUUGGUCCGGCACGGUUUGUUGUGAGACACAUCAGACAACAUAAUCAUGGGGCAAGCUGACAUCUCCAGACCGGUAAAUCCAGAUGGAGUUGAAGAAGCAGGCCAGCCUGUUGCAGACCCAGGCAUGGUCAUGGACAGUGUGGAAGCUGGAGACACAACACCUCCUACCAAAAGGAAGAGUAAGUUCUCAGGCUUUGGCAAGAUCUUCAAGCCCUGGAAAUGGCGGAAAAAAAAAAGUGAUAAAUUCAAAGAGACAUCAGAAGUUUUAGAGCGAAAAAUAUCUAUGCGAAAACCAAGAGAAGAACUGGUUAAAAGAGGGGUUCUGUUGGAAGACUGUGAGCAGGGUGGUGAGGAUCCAGGGAAGUUGAGCCAUGCCAUGCUAAAGAAUGGCCAUACCACCCCCAUAGGCAGUGCCAGAUCUUCCAGUCCAGUCCAAGCAGAGGAAGAGCCAGGAAGAACAGCAAAUCUUAGGAAAUCUAUUCCAGAAGAGGACCCAAAGAAGCGGCUAGGCUCGACUGGAAGCCAGCCUAAUUCUGAAGCACAGUCCAUUCCUGAGAAUGUAACCAAACAGCCUCUACUUCCCCCUAAAAGACACUUGUCUUCUUCUCAUGAGGCAAAUGAAGGGCAAGCAAAGGACGCCACUUCCUCUGGCAGCACAGCAAGACCCAUCUCCUCCACCUCCACAACCGCCAUCACCACAGUACCUGCUGCCACUACGGCUGCUACGAACCUGGCAAAAACUGUUCAUUCCUCUGUCCCCCCUUCUCAAGUGCCCAGGACUCCUGCUGCUCCUGCCAGCACUAACACUACUGCCACCCCGAACCUCACCCAUACAGUCCCUGCCAAGCAGCCCCCUAUCCCUCCCCCUAAACCAGCUCACAGAAAUAGCAACCCUGUCAUUGCUGAACUGUCCCAGGCAAUAAACAGUGGUACGUUGUUAUCAAAACCAUCCCCACCUUUACCACCUAAGAGAGGCAUUCCAUCAACCUUGGUACCCACCUCAGAGUCUGCCGCUGCUGCUGCCACCACCACAAAAGCACCAAGUGAUCAGAGAGAGAAGAGCACUUGCUCUGUGGGUUCCGAGCCACUGCUGACAAUCCCCCCUUCCUCCCCCUCCCCCCCACUGCCUACUCAUAUACCUCCAGAACCCCCUCGGUCCCCUCCAUUCCCUGCUAAGACUUUUCAAGUUGUGCCAGAAAUUGAGUUUCUGCCUUCCUUAGACCUAUCCCAGGAGGUUCCCCAGCAGGAAAAUCAGAAAAAGGAAGUGCCCAAGAGGAUGUUGGACCACAGUUUUGGGGAGCCUCAUGUACCCCCUAGGCUUCCCCCACUCCCACUGCAUAUCCGAAUCCAGCAGGCCCUGACCAGCCCGCUCCCCAUGACUCCUCCCUUGGAAGGCUCUCAUAGAGCUCAUUCAUUGCUCUUCGAGAACAGUGACAACUUUUCUGAGGACAGCGGUACCCUGGGUCGGACCAGGUCACUUCCCAUCACUAUUGAAAUGCUAAAAGUUCCAGACGAUGAAGAAGAAGAGGAGCAAAUCCACCUGUUUGCAUUUGAUGAGGAAGUAACAUCUACCUCCGUCGUUCCUAAACCACCACAGCGUCUGCAGGAGGAAGAGGAAGAGAAGGAGAGUGACUCUGAUUCAGAAGGUCCCAUUCAGUACCGAGAUGAAGAGGAUGAAGAUGAAAGCCAUCAUAGUGCUCUGGCCAACAAAGUGAAGAGGAAGGAUACACUGGCAAUGAAGUUGAACCACAGACCCAGCGAACCAGAGGUGAUCACGGAUUCUUGGCCUCGAAAAAGCAAAGAGGAGUGGAAUGAAAUACGGCACCAGAUUGGGAACACUCUGAUCCGACGACUGAGUCAAAGACCAACACCAGAAGAACUAGAACAACGAAACAUACUACAACCUAAAAAUGAAGCUGAUCGUCAGGCAGAAAAACGAGAGAUUAAGCGUCGACUUACUAGAAAGCUCAGUCAAAGGCCAACUGUGGCUGAACUACUUGCCAGGAAGAUUCUGAGGUUUAAUGAAUAUGUGGAGGUAACAGAUGCCCACGAUUAUGAUCGGAGAGCUGAUAAACCUUGGACCAAACUGACCCCUGCUGACAAGGCUGCCAUAAGAAAAGAAUUAAAUGAAUUUAAAAGCUCAGAGAUGGAAGUUCAUGAAGAGAGCAAACAUUUUACACGCUACCACCGUCCAUGAAGCUGAAGUUUGAGAGAGAAUCUAAACAACCCCCCAGAACAGGAUUGCUUUGCUGCUUCAGUCUCCAGAGCGACGUGGAGGGAACUUCAGCACUUCUCAGCGCAGCCAGAGCUGAGUCCUCUGGGAUACAGUUCUGGGGUGAACAGCACUUCUAUGAAUGUAGCAUUUCACUGGAAUGGAUUCUCAUGUGCUGCCGUAGGCAAAACUGAACACCUUGUCAGUGCUUUUGAACUGCAGCAUACUUGAGGGGUCUUCCCUCACCAGCCACCAAUGUUCUGGGUCACUUGCAGGUUCCAAGUUUAAUUGGCUGCACCCCAAGGUGACUGCCUGUGCUGAGGCACAGUUUGCACUGUUAGCCUAACCUGCCCUGUCCUGGUUUGAGACCCACCUGUGUGGACACUAAAUUCCAGCCAUCAAAUCUAACUGGUGGUAGGGAAAACCUUCUGGAAAAGGGGCCCCCACCUCCAGGGGAAGCCUUCACACCACACUGGUGUGUCAGUUGAAAAUAUUGCAUUAUACCUCCUGUAACACAGCAUACAGUCCUCCCCCGGCAGCCCAGCCCAAGAGCAGCUCAGGACCUCGCAUGUUCUUCCCUUGGGCAGAAGUCAUUCUGAUUUUUUUUUUUUAAGGUAUCUUGAAGGAAUGAUGGGAACUUAUGUUUUUCCUAUCAGGCAAUCUGGACUGCAACCAGAUUCCAAGUUGGAAAAAUAAGAAAGCAUCUAUGUUUUCUAUAUAUAAAAACGAAACCAAGAAAGGCCUUUAUGUUAAAGCCAACUUGGCAGAGAACUGACUCAUGGCUUAAAUUUUAUAGGCUGUUGUACUUUGUUGUACUAAAUGAUACCCUAAAUCUUUCUAACCAAGAGAUGUAUUCUCUCCAUAAAGCAGAGUUGCAGCAACUCUGUGGGAGCAUUUGUGUGCAGUCAGCCCCCACACUUCCAGCCCGAAUCACCCCGAGGGUCUUUGGAGACGCAAGGAGGGACAAGAUCAUGACCCACUGCCCCUGUCUGUCCCUCAGUGCUAUGUGCUCGCCUCCUGUGCUCUCCCUCCUGACUCCAGCCCUCAUCUUCCUGCUGAUCCUCUCUGGCAGCUUCCACCUCACUCACCCCUCCUCUUCCAAGCUGUAGCCAGUGUAGUUGGUGCCUGAGCAUUGGCUCAGCUCCCACUCCUUUUUGUAUUUGUAAUAUCUAUUAAUAUGAUUUCCUUAAACAGAAGAUUCAGUUACUUUCUUUGAAUUUUUAUUGAAAACCAUACAGCCUUACUAUUUCCCUCUAAUUCCUAUCUACACUAGUGGAAGGAAAAAAAUAGUUUCUACUUAACUGAUGAAUGUGGAUUUUUCCCUUUAAUGUUCAGAAAAUUGUGGCUAUUUUUUAGAUUUCUUCUGACUCCUUCUGCAGUCCCUGUUCUGACGAAAUCGGGUGCGUUCAGGGUGGUAUGGCCGUAGACUGCAGUCCCUAUUCUGUGUGUGAUCUUUCAGUAGAUUUUUUUCUCUUUUUCUCCUUUCAUGUCCAUGUAAGAUUUGCUGACUAAUCAGAAUAUCAGGUCAAAACAAAAAAGCUAAAGUGACCUUAAAAGGUAAUAUCUUCUCUUUGUAUGGGGAACAGGGAGGUAUUUGAAUUUCUCAGUAACAUCAGAUGCUCCAUGGCUAUGGAGAUACACUGGGCCCACAUCUCCUUGAAGCUCAUUAACAUUUGUUGUGACUGAGGAAAGAUAAGUGACAAUUACAAAUUGUUAGAGGUCUGUAUAUAAGGUGGCCACACAUUAACUGCUAACUUGACUUCUAACCUUUCUGUCUUGUUGGUUUGGAGACUGCUUGGCUUAUGCCAGCAUUCUCUGUGCCUUCAGACAUUUGACAUUUUUCAAACUCUUCUUUCACUGCCUUUCUUUCCCUUAAUGUGCCAAGCUUGAAACAGGAUUUGAUUUCCUGAGCUACUUGUCUGUUUUCUAUGUGCCACCAAGGAAUCUAGUUCAUUAUCAUCUCAUUCAUGUUCUUUUGAAACAGGAUACUUUGGGGGGUCAAGUCUUUUCAGGUGUUUUUAUAUAAAUAUAUAUAAAGUGGGUUUUUUGUGUUCUCUUUCCAUGUAAGUAACAAUUCACAAUCAUAAUGUAAAGAAGAAAUAAAAGCCUGAUGUAUUGUACUUCAAAUGCUUCCCUGAUGUACAGAAUCUCCUUGUAAAAUAAAUAAUUGCGUUGUAUAUCAGUCUUCCUUUCCAUAUUAAUUAUUAAUGUAUUUUAGAAUUAAAAAAAACAAACUAUA